AUGGCUGGUUUUCAGGAGUGUAUCAGUGUCAUUAAUUUCCAUAUUAGUGACAGUAGUGUGACAACAUUCCUUCUCCAGUACAUUCAGUUAAUCAGACUAUUUGGGCAGCAGCCACUGCUUGUCGAGCAACAAGAAACAAGGUCAAAAGUCGUUCAUCUGAUUGAUGCACAGAAUUGUCAAGGUCAUAGUCCUUUAUGGCUGGCUUUUGCCACUGGUCAUUUUGAUCGUGCACAGAUGCUGUUAGAAUAUGGAGCCGAUUCUACAAACUUACAUCGAGGUAGUAUUUGUUUUCCUCAUUCUCCGUGGGUAGUUAGCAUUCCAAGCUUAUUGGCAGCAGUGAUAAGAUCACAGAAGUUACAAAAAUGUGAAGAAGAUGGUGGUGUUAGUAGUCAAAUUGAUCCAUAUUUUAGUGUGUUGAAACACAGGCUGAAAGAAACAGCACUGCUAAUAGAUAAAGGGUUUUUCCAGUCAAGAAGAGCAGAGAUUGAAGAGAGUGUAAGUAGUUUUGUCCAGAAUAGCAGAACUUUGUGUGUGCACCAUUCACUGUUGGAGAAGCUGAAAGGUAGAGGAGUGGUAAUGACCAGUUUGUUUGGUCAGCUGAGUUUAACACUUCAACAAACUUGUAUAAGAAAAAUUUUUUACAUCUGUUUAACCCAUCUCUUAAAUGGUUGUGCUUUUCCUGGUGCUAGGAAAACUCAAGUGUUUCCAGUUUCCAAUAAUAGCAUUCCAAUUUCAAGCACUGUUAAUUGCUCUGUAGUUUUAGAUGUUUCAAAUGACUCUUCAUGUUCAGGUGCUGUUAAUAGCCCUGUCUCAGUUUCAGAUUCUGUCUGUUGUCCAGUAGUUCCAGAUGUUGCCAACUCUGCUAUAGCUUCAGAGAUCCUCCCAUGCUACAAAAGUAGUUUGGCAGUUGGUAAAUCAGAAUAUAGUGGUAACAUUGACAUACUUUCAGAUAUCCUACAAUGCCAUGAAAAUAGCUUGCCAACCAGUGAAACAGAAAGUGCUGGUAAGAUUUCUAUACCUUCAGGCAAUCUACAUUUGCAUGAAAAUAGUCUGUCAACUGGUGAAAUAGAACAUGAGCCUGGUAGCAGGAUAAAGCAGAAAAGUAUUCCAACACUCUAUAACCAUGCUUCAAGUAGUAAAAAGCGUGUAGAUGAUUCAUCUAGUCUCUCUGUGAAAGAAAUACUAAGUUGCCAAAAUGAGGAGGUAAGAAAAGAAUUCUAUCUAGAUUACUUUUUACCAGAAGAUGCAGGAACUUGUACAGGAUUAUUUUCUAACGAUCAAGUUGAAGAAGGUUUGAGGAAUAAUGAAAUAAAAGUUAAUAAAACUUGUAAAGAGGAGUCUCUAUAUCCUGUAAAUGUAGCAUUUUCUGAAGGAAUUUUGAUACAUAAAGAAUCAGGAAGUGAAAGAGUCCAGCUGUUGUCCAAAUCAGACUCAUGUUGUAACGAUCAGCAUGAAACUUUGCAAAGAAUUAAUGUAGAUACCAAUAAAAGAAAAUUUGGAAAAGAAGCUGAAAUGGUUAUUGAGGCUCUCUUUAACACCGAAGGAAGAUUUCCUUAUCAAAACUGUAAGAGGGAUUGUUAUGAGGACAGUUGUAAUUUCAUUUCUAGACUCUUACAAUUGAAUAUGCUAGACUUAGAAAAAUUAUUGGAAAAUUUAAAUUUGCCUCAACCUUUCAUAAAUUUAUUAGAACUUGAGUUAUUUCGUUUGAAAUUUUUCUUGGUGCUUUCAGAUGGAAAUUUUGGUGAUGUGUCCUGUAGCUGCAGUGAUGCUGAUAGUUCAUCGAGUUUAGAAUCGGAUAUUUCAAAUAAUGAGUAUAGUUAUAGUGAAGGUCGUAGUGAUGAUGAUGAUCAAUCAUCUUCAAGUAAUGAACAGUAUUUUGAAACACAUUUCUGAGGGACUAUAAAAAAAACAACAUUACUACGUGUGUGUAUAUGUAUAUAUAAUCUUAUUUCACGUUUUGGCUUCCCAUAUUUUAAAAGCUAAUUAUUAAUUUUUUGCAAUGAUUUUUACCUGCUGUGUCAUACCAUACCCAGAAUAAUAAUAUUUUAUAAUUUUAUAAAAUUUGGGAUGAAAUUCAAGAAUUAUUUGAGACUACUAUCAUAUUUACUGUUAUACCUUACAUUGGAGUGGGCAUCUCCUGUAUUGGAAUCUGUUAGAAAUAAAAGUAAGAUAAUCCUCACCAAAGCUGUUUGAAAGGAUGUAUGCACAUGUGUGCGUGUAACAGAUAAUCUAAAAUAUGUAAACCUCUGUUUGCUUUAGUUGGGAUUUUUUAGAUUAGUGGUUCCCAAACUUUAGACAACAUUCUUCUGCAUGCAUACAUAUACAGGCCUCUAUCAUUAAAUACUAAAAAUUGUAGUGUGCCACAGAUUCAAACAAAUAUUCAAGUAGACAGUAAUGUAAAGUUUAUCUGAGAUAACUAUUACUUAUCAGUAAAGUUGUGUGUAGCAAUAUUUAUGUAUAUUUCUUGUGAACCUUUUCAUGCCAUAUUUGGGAACCACUUAGAUCAUCAGACCCAAAGUAAUAAUUGCAUCUUUAAUUUUAAACUUAAUUUAUGUAAGAAUAAAAAUUUAUUGGAAGUAGAA